AUGUUCAUACGUGCUGUUGUUGAAAAAGAGUACAAGGAUUGGGACAGCCUCAUCGAUUGUGUCUGGCACCAUCGCAGUCUCUGCCUGGAGUGCAAGGGGGGAAAGGGAGCCAUCAAGCCAUUCUCCAUCAAGAUUACUUACACCUCCAGACCUGCCAGGAGGGAGUCAAGCUCCAAAAAGGAUUCAAAGAAGGCCCCUGAUGCUGGGUUGAAGGGGAAGGAUGGAGAUGCCCCAGUGAAGGAACAUGAGCUCCUACGCCAACUUGAGAAGUGUCACAUGUGUGCAGCUUGUGGUCGUCCCUGCUAUAUUCUUUCGAACGGUGACCACCAUCAGUAUACGGUGCAGGAGAUGUUAACAUGGGUAUUUUUGUUGAGUCGACACCAAGCUGUCCUUGAGAGGCCACUGGAAGAGCUCAAACUGGAAGAUGUUCCCAUGCAUCAGAAGAAGAAAGCUGCGACCAUGGCUGCCACCCCUGCACCUCCAGCUGUUGACCUCUCCAUGCAGAUGAUGAAUAUGAUGGGUACAUUCAUGGCUUCCCUUGCUGGCAACAUGGCUAUGGGUCAAGUACCUAAUCAACUCCCUAUGACUCCUGCUUGUCAACCUCUUGCUGCAGUUCCAAAUACUGUUCCCAUCACACCCACACCUCCAACCCCAGCAGCUGGAGCUCCUUCUACUGCUACUACAGCCCCUGCUGGUGAGGAAGCUCUAUAUAAUCCAGAUCUUGAGACUUGGAUGUGUGGUCUUGAUGAUCACACCGUUCAUGGUUCAUUGAAGCUCAACUAUAACCAGCACACACCUGCCCUUCGUGCGGAGGGUAUUCUUCAGUUAAGUGAUUUAUACAAUCUCUGUGAUGUGGAGAAUAAUGUCAUUGUGCUUCAUGACCUCUCAGGUGGCUCUCUCAACUAUGGGACUGCAAAACGCCUCCUUGUAUAUGUGGAGGAAGAUUACUGA